GUCUGUCACUCAUCUGGCUCCUCGCUGAUUUCUCUGCAAAACAACAUCUCAGAAGGAAAAUGGAGGAUGAAGACGGAUAUAUGGCCAUUGACCGAGCCCAAAGGGAUAUUUACAUGCAGCCCACCUCAGAAAAGACACAAGAUUCUGCCUCCAAAUGCCAGUGCUGGAAAAUCACAGUAGGGGCUUCUCUGACGUUGAGUAUUGUUCUGAAUGCGGCCCUGAUCGCUCUUCUUAUAGUUUUUCAGGUGAGAGAUGCCCAAGACUGUUCUUGUCAAGGAAACCCUCCCAAUUCAUGUGACUGGGCCUCAGGCAGUUCAAAAGACUAUGUCACUUUUAAUCCAACCACUGCUCACCGCCGAAUCGUCCUAUCCCCGGAUCUAAAAAACGCGAGCUGGGGAAAAGAAGAGCAGAGCCUUCCCAACAAUACAGAGAGAUUUGAUCAGCGUGUCUGGGUGCUAGGCCGUGAUGGAUUCCUCUCUGGGAAACACUGCUGGGAAGUUGAAGUGAAGGGGAAUGGGGAAUGGGCUGUGGGGGUUGCUAAGGAGUCUCUGAAGAGAAAGGGGUUACCAGAUUUUAGCACCACUGCGGGGAUCUGGGGCAUAGGGGAAUACUGGGGGCUUGGCAACUACAUGGCUUUCACUUCCCCCCAGCAUACACGACUCUCCUUUGACAAGAAGCCCCGCAGAAUACGCGUCUCUCUGGACUACACCAACCAGCAAGUAGAAUUUUUCAAUGCUGAAACUAAGAAUACAAUCUAUACCUUCUCUUCCCCCCCUUUUUCUGGGGAAAAGAUAUACCCCUGGUUCCGUGUGUGGGAUGGAACAGAACUUACCUUGCAUCCAUGAGACACCAAAAUCAAUACCAAAGGAGCCCUUCUAGAACUUUCUAAGCGUUACAAUCUCAGAGGACUUAUGCAUUAUCUCUUA